CAGUUGAUUGUAGGAGUCAUUUGCAUGUCAGGGGAGUUUUUGUUCCAUUCCAAGACACGCCAUGGACACACAUGAUCAUACACACACCUGGGGUUACAAAAGCUGCUCUGCGCUGUAAAGGACUUCAAAUCACGUUUAGGUGAUUGAAACAGAACUGCUGCACCAAGGAAUUUUACAAGCUGUAGAGACAUGUGGUGGGUCUUUGUCCUGCUGCUAUCCCUGGCCAGCCGGGCUCUGUCUUUAGAAAUGCUCAACAUGUGUAUGGAUGCCAAACAUCACAAAAAAGAGCCUGGCGCCGAAGGACAACUCUAUCGACAGUGUGCUCCAUGGAGAGAUAAUGCAUGUUGUACAGCUAACACCAGUACGGAGGCCCACGAUGAUAACUCCUAUCUGUACAACUUUAACUGGAACCACUGUGGCAUCAUGACCCCCAAAUGCAAGAAACACUUCACCCAGGACACCUGCUUCUACGAGUGCUCACCUCACCUGGGGCCCUGGAUACAGCAGGUGGACCAGUCUUGGCGCAAGGAGAGGAUCCUACACGUGCCUCUGUGUCAGGAGGACUGCCACAGCUGGUGGGACGACUGCAAGGAUGACUUCACCUGCAAACAGGACUGGCACUAUGGCUGGGACUGGACCACAGGGCGUAACCGCUGUCCUGCUGAGGCUAUGUGUCGUAAGUGGACAGAUGUCUUCCCUACAGCCCAGAUUAUGUGUGAGAAGAUCUGGUCUGACUCCUACAGCUACACUUCCCUCUCCAAGUCUUCUGGCCGCUGCAUGCAGCUGUGGUUCACCGGAAAGAACCCCAAUGAGAAGGUGGCAGAAUACUACUUAAACCACGCCCCCUGGCAACGUGCUGCCCCCGCAACACUCCUCCUCCUGGCAACAAUGUCAUUAAGUGUUGUCCUGCUCUGAAUAAAACCACAGAUGCUUAUGUCA